AUGGCGGCCGGAUUCCGGGGAAAGGUGCCUCCCAGCAAGUACCAGAGGGAUCAGAUAAUCCAGAUGAGGAAGGAUGCCGGCAUUACCUGGCGUUUUCUGCCUGGUCUUACCAAAUUACUAAGCUCGGAAGGCAUAGAAGUGUUUCUUCCAAAGCCACCUCCAAAACGGAGCGUGUUGGCAGUUUCCCCACGAGAGCUGGUAUUUCAGAACGUCGCUGCUCAUGAGGUCUCUGAAAUGGUGCUGUCUCUCAUUAACAAGGACCAGAUUGCUCGGAUGGUGAAGGUCUCCAUGGAGAGCUCACCUUACUUCCAGCUGGCCUGCCCCAGUGAUGUGUACCACAUCGUGCCACCAGGCGCCUCUGCCCCUCUGCGCAUCCGCUUCAGCCCCGACGAGAACAAGAAUUAUUCCCAUGAGCUCACCUGCACCACUGCAAAGGAGAAGAUCGUUGUGCCACUUCGGGCCAUUUUUGCCCGAGCCAUCCUGGACUUCCCUGCCCAGGUGGACUUCUCCGAGUGUCCGGUCAAGCACCGCACCCAGAAGAUUCUGCUGGUUCGCAAUGUCGGUAACCGGACAGCUCAUUACCAGCUGAGCACCCAGAGUCCUUUCUCCGUGGUGCCGAUCGCAGGAACUCUGGGUGCUGGGGACACCAUGCGGGUGACAGUGAGAUUUCAUGCGCUGACCAACGGGGACCAUUUUGGGUCCCUGGCAGUGUGCUGCAACCCAGGUGAAGAGAGUAUCCACACAAAGCUCCAUGGAGAAGCUGUAGAGCUCGAUGUUGCGUUGAGCACAAAUUCCAUCGAGGCUGGCAAGACCUUCAUCACCAUGGCAUACCAGACAACCGUGUUCCUGGAAAACAGGAGUAACAUCACAGCCCACUUCCAGUGGAAGGCUUUGCCUUCUGAGGAAGAUGACUAUGAAGAGAAGAGGAGGCAGAGUUUUUUGCUGCACCCCUCAGAUGAGGAGUGGCUGGAAAACUUCUUGGACGAGAAAGAAGUAGAGAAGGUGCAGGGCUUUUCUAUAGAUUUCACUACCCUCCUGAGAAGCAGGGUCGAGGAGAAGAAGAAAAGGGUGCACAAAGACCCCCUGCUGUUCGCCAGUGACAAUUUUUUCAUUGAGCCAUUGGAGGGAGAAAUUGAGCCCAAUAGUACGGCUGAAAUCACGGUGACCUUCGAACCCCUGGAAGCACUGGUGUAUCAAACUGUGGCUUACUGCCAUGUCUCAGGCCGUGAGAGCAGGAUACCCCUGUGCCUCAGAGGGGAAGGCCAAGGACCCUUGAUUGAACUCAGCUCUCCUAUACUGAACCUUGGGGAGAUUUUUAUCAACACCUCCUAUGUCUAUGAGGUGGAACUGAUUAACAUAGGAGCUCUUGAUGCUCCCUUCACCUAUAUCUCUUCAACCACAGAAGUGGACUUCUGCUUCAUGGUUGAACCCGAGCGGGGCAUGAUUGCACCAGGUGGGACCCAGACUGUUCAGAUCUCCUUCCAUACCACCGUGCUGGGGUGGUUUGAGGAAGAAUUUCAGUUCAGUGUGGCUGAAACUCCUACACCUGCGAUCCUGACCAUCAGGGGCAUCGUCACUGGACCGAAUUUACACUUCGACCUCCCUGACCUCGACUUCGGGGACAUCUCCUUUGGCUUUCCCUGCACCAAGAGCAUUUGCCUCACCAACUGCUCCGUGGUGCCCGUGACGUUCAAGCUCCGCAUGUCGGACGAUGGCACGCAGCCGGCUGUGAGCAGCUUUGAUCAAAUACACAAAGAAGGUGACCCAUCCUGGAGGAAGGGAAUUCAUUUCUAUGUGGAGCCAAGGGAGUUCACAAUGAAUCCCAGCCAAGGGACCAUCCCCUCCCAUGGGCGCCAGGACAUUGAGGUGACCCUGUGUUCCAACACCGUCAUGAGAUUCAAACGGAGAUUGCUGGUGGACCUGGAGGGUAUUGCUAAGGAAGUGGCAUCAGUGGUCAUCAAGGCCAGAUGUCUUGUUCCUGAGCUGAAUGUGUUCCCCAUAGUCCUGGCGUACCAUGAGUGCCUCCUGAAGGUGCCAUACGAGAGGAAGCUCCUUGUUACGAAUCCCUCCAGCCUUCCUGGCUGCUACGGGCUUGUUCUCCAGCAACGCAAGGACGACUCUCCCGUGCUCUACUCCAGCCCCAAGCCCUGUGGGAUUGUGCAGCCUUACGGCACUGCAGAGAUCCCAGUUAUCAUCGAAGUGCAGACGCUGGGCGAGCAUCGCACCAAGAUUCUCGUUGGCGUGUUCGGGGAUGAGAGAAACCCACGGGCUUCCAAAUCCUACUGCUUUGUUAUUGAACCCAGUGAAGGAGUGAUCCCUGUUUUGGGUGAGGUUCCUGUGACUGUCACAGCAACCCUGGAUGACACUGUGGGUUUUGAUGACACUGUCCAGCUGUUCAUUAGGAACAGCCUUUGGAGCACCGUCUUUCUCCAGGCUUUCGGCAUUGGCACCACAAUUGUCAUAGACAAACCAUUUGCCCCAGAGCUCAACUUGGGAUACCAAUUCAGUCUCCAAGAUGAUUCCCAGCGCCCCAAACGUUCCAAGCCUGCGUUUGGGGUGAAGUCACCGAGGAUGGGCCUGCAGCGAGGCCAGUCUGAGGACAUGGUGCUGCGAGGCUUCUCCCGCAUCCCACAGGAGGUGCAGGAUUAUGUGUUCUGUGAAGCCAUCAUUGGGACAUCCCCCUAUAUGGAAAGGAUAAUAGAAACAAUCAUUACCUGUGAGUUCAUUCACCCCUCUAUAGAAGUAUCAGCCAGACAAUUCUCUUUCUAUGUGGAGAAGAAACCCAGCGAUGUCCUGACACUGCAGUACCAGCCUUUGUCUUUAAAAAACACCUGCCUGCUGCCACUGGACCUCAUGCUGCACUUGGAGCAGCCAUUCCUGGUCUGUGAUAAGGAGCAGCAGCCCCUCCCAGGUGAUUAAUUACUGCUCAUCUCCUUGCAGCCUGUGAGAGUGGAUGUAGGGGAGACCUGUCAUCUCUACAUCGUGUUUGACCCAGCUUAUGAACUGGAUUUUAAGAGCUGGAGAAAAGAGAAGGUUCUGAAGAUAGACAUGGUCAGGGGCCAUCCUUUUGUGGAGCGUAUCAGCCUUGAGGGAGAAGUUCACUUCCCAAAUCUCCAAAUGGAGCCCAGCUCUGUGGAGUUUGGCUUCAUCAGGCCUGACACGGAAGAAGUGCGUUCCCUGGAGAUGACCAACUGCAGCCCACUGCCCGUCCAGUACCGCUGGUCAUUCCGUUCCGACAGCGAGGUGACCAGGUUUAGGAGCUGCUCUCUGCUCCUUGCCUUCCUCCCUCGCGUUGUGCUGGAGGAUGCCCAGAAAGUGCAAUCAGAUCAACUUCCUGAAUACCCUCGCCUCCAAGUAGGGUUUGAGGGAAUCAGCAUCUCCGUGGACGAACCGCAGACUUCCCUCGAAGCGGAGGAGGCUUUCAGUAUCCUGCCAAUGUCAGGUGUGCUGCAGCCAGGUGAGAGCCAGCAGGUCUCCUUCACCUUCUCUGGCCACCUCAACACCAUCUCUGAUGUCACGGCGCUGUGCCACGUGGAGGGAGGCCCCACCUACGAGGUGCUGGUGACCGGGGAGAUCUCACAUUUCAGCUACCUCGUGAGGCCCCAGGAGAUCAACUGUGGCUUACAGAUGUUUAAUGAAAUUCAUCACAGCGAUGUCACCCUGGUGAACGGUGGCAAGAUUGAAUUCAACUGGGUGCUAAAGCCUAGCCCUGCAGACAAGCAUCUGCCUGGCGUGUUUCUGGUCAACCCCACCACUGGUUCCCUUGCAGCUGGUGAGACGCAAGUGCUGAAAUUCUCUUACAUGCCAGGAUUACCAGGAGCCUUCAGCAGGACUUAUCAGCUUAAAGUGGGUGACCAGCAACCAGAAAAUAUCUGCCUGAAAGGAGAAGCAUCCUUUCCCAUGAUCAGUCUGGACCUGCCCUGGAGCAUCAGAGGAAAUGAAAAAUAUGAGAAGACACUGAAACGGCUCAUAAAACGCCGGCAAAUAUACGAUCCCAGCUAUAAAUCAGUUGUUCUGAAGAAGCCUCAGAGCCCAAAGAUUGAGACCUUGAAGUCUCAGACCUUGAAGACUCAGAACCCAAAGAGUCAGGACCUGCAGCCCAGCGUGCUUGCCUCUGGCACUGUAUCAGACUCUCAGGUGCAGAUAAAGAUGAUGAGGAUGCUGGUAGAGAAACCUUUUGUAGAGCUGCAGCAAAUUCUUCCGACCCAUCCCCUGAAGAGCAGGUUCCCUGACAAGGAGCUGUGCCAGAGUCUUGCCAAAGCUGAGCUGCUCGAGUAUGUCCUGGACAUGGGCCCUGUCCUUAGGGGUUACACUGAGACACACUCUCUGAAGAUCACCAACCCUGGGCAGAUCCAUGUGUCCUUCCAGGUCGAUGUAUCUGUCCUGCAGGACACAGGUUUCAGCGUGGGCCUGGACCAGAUGAUUUGCCUGCCCCCCAACAACAGCGUGGACUUUGACGUGCGCUUUGAAAGUGCCAACAAGCCUUAUGGUGACGUGGAAGUGCUGCUGCCCAUAGAGGUGACAGAAGGCCCUAUGUACAGCAUCCGCAUCCGUGCCACUGUGUCUGAAGUGUCACUCACCCUCACCAAGAACAGACUGCAGUUCUCUGACAUCCUUGUUGGGCAGUGCCAGGUUGAGACCAUCCGACUCUUCAACUGGUUCCGAGUACCCUGCAAAUGGUUCAUUGCUUCCAACAAGCCUGCUCUGAAGGGCUUCCCUCCUGCUGUAGGCUAUGGGGCCACACUUGGUUUGGCUGUGGGUGCUCUCAGCUCCGUGUCAGUGUCUCAGAACACGAGGAGACCUCACAUGAUUGGUUUCUGUGCCCAGAAGAAUCAACAGGAGCCCUGUCCCUUUGACGUGACGCCCUCCAAAGGAACCCUUGAUCCAGGAAAGUGGCAGGAUCUGCAAAUCCAGUUUACACCCGAGGAGGAGAGGUCUUACGAGAAUGAGCUGGAGUUUAUAAUUCGUGGGAGAAGCAGUCGCUUAAAGCUGCACCUCUCAGGACAAGGUCUGGAGCCACGGUUGGAGUUCAGACCCCCAGCACUAAAGAUGGGAUGGAUGCUGGUGGACAGCGAUGGGGUGGAGGCCACAGUGGUGGUGAAGAACCCAUGCAACUUCCCCAUUGAGUUUUACUCACUGGAUUUUGAUGAGCAGUACCUUGAGGAGGAGAAGAUCCUGCGGAUGGCAGUGGGGUCUGAGUACCAAAAGAGCUUUUUUAUGCCUCCACGUGCCAUGGGUGAGACACUGCCUCCAGAGGUGCUGCAGGACCACGAAGCACACAGGAGGCCAAAGGCUCAACAGACAGAGCUCAAGCCCAUGGCAGAAGCCAAGGCCAGGGCUGAGGUCAAGGCCAUGGGCAAGGCAGCAGCAGCAUACCACAGGACCGUCCUACUCACUCCUGAGUCCCUGCUGAAAGAGACUGGGAAUCCUGUCUCUCGGGCUGUCGUGCGCCACCUGGGCAUUGCCCCGUCCUCCUGCGAAGCGCAGCCCCACCAAGGAGGGAUGGUUGUCAUCAUCCAUGGGCCACCCCGGGCAGGAAAGACAGAGAUAGCAGCAGGCCUGUGUCAGUAUUACGACGCUGCUUACGUGUCCAUUGACACUGUGGUGAAAGAGGCCAUGGCCAAGGACGGGAGCCCAGCGGGGCUCCGUGCCCGGGAGCUCUGCACCCAGGCUGCCAUGGAGCUGGAAGGCAAAGACGAAGGUGAUGCUGAUAAAAAGUCUCAGACCAAGAAUAAACGAGCCUCUGGGGAAAAAAUCGACAAGAAUGUCAAAGACAAGACCCCUCCAGCACAAAAGAAGGACUCAGCCAGCAAACUGGACAAAAAGGACAUCAAGUUCACAGUUUCCACUGCUCCUGCACCCCAGCAGCUGAACAUCAUCAGCAGCCGUGGAGAAGAGCUGAACUGCUUGAGCUGUGUGCUGCCCGAGGAGCUGCUGGUGGACAUCCUCAGUGAGAGGCUGAAGUGUAAAGACUGCUCCAAGGGAGUGAUCUUUGAUGGCUUGGAGAGCCUCUUUACAAGCAGCCUGGAGUCUUCUCUACUCUGUGUACUCAAAGCUGUCAAGAAUCGUUGUCAUAUCUUCAUGGUGAACCUGCAUGAGGAUUAUGCUUCUUGGAAAGCCAGGGAGGAAUCUGAAAGAAAGAGGAGGGAAGCUGAAACAGAGAAGAAAGAAUGUAUCUUGCAAAUAGAUGAGGAUGACUAUUAUGCCCUCCCUAAGGAGAAGAAAGCAGAAGUGGAUAAAAUAAUACUGGAAAGGAAGCGCAUACGGAGGAAAAAGGAGCUGAAGCGGCUGGCUCAAAAGCGUGAGGAAGAGGCAAAAGCCUUAGAGGAGGAAGAGAGGCGGAAGGAGGAAGAAAGGCGGAAGGAGGAAGAGAAGCGGAAGAAGGACAAGAAGGGUGUCUCUGUGGGGAAGCAACCUCCAAAACCAGAGAAGGGGAAAACCAAACCCCCAGAGAAGAAGGAAACCAAACCCCCAGAGAAAAAAACUAAGACUCCAGAGAAGGAAACCAAAAUCCCAGAGAAGGAAACCAAACCCUCAGAGAAGGAGGAAACCAAAGCCCCAGAAAAGAAGGAGGAAACCAAAGCCCCAGAAAAGAAGGAGGAAACCAAACCCUCAGAGAAGAAGGAAACCAAAAUCCCGGAGAAGGAAACCAAACCCUCAGAGAAGAAGGAAACCAAAGCCCCAGAAAAGAAGGAAACCAAAAUCCCAGAGAAGGAAACCAAACCCUCAGAGAAGAAGGAAACCAAAAUCCCAGAGAAGGAAACCAAACCCUCAGAGAAGAAGGAAACCAAAACCCCAGAAAAGAAGAAAACCAAAAUCCCAGAAAAGAAGAAAACCAAAGCCCCAGAGAAGAAGGAAUCCAAAAUCCCAGAAAAGAAGGAAACCAAAGCCCCAGAGAAGAAGGAAGCCAAAAUCCCAGAAAAGAAGGAAACCAAAGCCCCAGAGAAGAAGGAAACCAAAAUCCCAGAAAAGGAAACCAAACCCCCACAGAAGAAAGAAACCAAAGUCCUAGAGAUUAAGAGAACCAAAAUCCCAGAGAAGUGGAAAUACAAAGCCCCAAAGAUGUGCGAAAUCAUAAUCCCAGAAAAGGAGGAACCCAAAGCCCCGAAGAAGGGGGGAACCGAAAUCCCAGAGGACCCAGCUGAGAUGGAGAACUUGAUCCUGAGGUUUCAGAUCUAUGAUUCAUCGCAGCAGAAUGUUGCACAGGUUUUCUCCUGCUGGGACAGGGUUCAGGGUACCAUGCAGGGUACCAUUCAGGGUACCAUGCAUGGAUCUGUGAUCCAAAAGGGAAAGUCUUCAGCUGAAAACAAAGGUCAGAAAACCAAUAAGCCUGUGGAGAAGAAGCCUGAACAAAAAAGUGGAGACCAAAGGAGUCUUCAGUCAUCUCAGCUGGGGACACAAAGUGAAGCUGCCGAAGGAGCAGUCGGAGACGAGCACAUUGGGGUGCCGUGCUUGGACAUUGAGGUCUCAGAUCCAAAGGCCAUGAUUGGGGAGAUCCUGAGGGAUGGGAAGCUGCCAACGGAAGAACAGCUGCUGAAACAUCUGGGACUGCAUCCUGACGGCCCUCCCCUUCCCCCUGCUGCUGUGCUCUCCAUAGUCGAGUACCCAGAGGAGAGGCUGGGCUCUGCAGAGCGUGUGGAGCCCUUCACCAUUGUGGCACCAGAAGGUGCUGCUAUGGAAGAGGAUCUGGCCAAGGCCCCAGAUGUGAAGGGCAGUUCUGCCAAGGGCCAUCCAAAGACAGCAAUGUCUGAAGCCUCCUCUUUAAUUGCCAGGCUGAAACGGUACCGGUGGAUAGUGCCUGCCCACGGUGAGGUGGAACUGAAGGUCCACUUCUCUGCCAAAAAGCCAGGGAAGUUUGAGCAGACACUGAGGUUUGAGCUCGUGCAGUCAAAGCGCCAGUACGAGCUGCCCUGCCGUGGCACCGGCCUCUACCCCAGCAUCAGCCAGAACCCUCGGGUGGUGUUUCCACAGUGCAGGAAAACCAUGAAGGAAGAUGAAGUCAUCUUCAAGGAAUACGUUGAGAGCACAAAGCAAUUCCACUUUGGACCGCUGCUGUGUGGGAAAUCAAGAGAGUGGUACAAGACCCAGAACGGUCCCAGAAACACGGAGAAGCUAACCAUCCUCAACAUCUCCCCCAUGGUCGUAGAGGUCCAGUUCUCUUUUGAGAAAGAUCGGAAAACAAGGACCUUUGUUGUGGACCCUCGCCGCAUGACCCUGAAACCAAAGGAGAAGCGGGAGCUGACCAUUUGGGCAUACCCCACCUCCCUUGGCUUCCUGGAAGACAAACUCAUCUGCAGCAUUGAGAAGAACCCGGAGCCAGUGGUCUUCAGCCUGUGCUGCCAUGGGGUGCAUGUGAAGCUGGAGGUCAGCCCCUCGGAGCUCUCUUUUGACAAGCUGCUUUUGCAUAGGACUGACAGCAGGACCUUGGUCCUGAAAAACAACAGCCUGCUGCCCAUGGCCUGGCAGCUCAAUGGGCUGGAUUACCUUGCUGAGAACUUCUCCUUGUCACAAGAUAAUGGCAUCCUUGAUCCCUGCUCAGAGUUUGAAGUGACACUGCAUUUCAAGGCUGAGCAGAUUGGCAUAAUUGAGAAGAUCCUCCGACUAGAGGUUUCAGAUACAGAAAACGCCCUGGGGGUUGUCCACACUGAAAAUAUCGAAAUCUCUGCAGAGGUCUAUGAUGUUUCUCUGACCAUUGACUUCAUACCUGAAGGUCCAGAAGGAAGCUUGGACUUUGGAACCAUUAAUGUCAUGGAUAACGUGAAGAAAAUCCUAUGUCUAAAGAACAAAGGGGUAUACAACAUUGAGUACAGGUUCACGCUGAAGGGUACAGGUCCCAGGAUGCGAGACGUGGCAUCCCACUUCACUGUUGUGCCUCAGUCGGGCGUGCUGAUUGCCUCCCAGCCUGCUGUGAAUGUUGAGAUGCUCUUCCACCCCACAAAUGAAAUGCUCCUCAAGAACAGACCCAUCCUGUACUGCCAGGUGAUAGAUGCCAGAUCAGGUCGAGGAGGCCAGGCUGUCGCCGACAUCCCACUGAAGGUGUCGGCCAAAGCCGUGUACAGCAAGUACAGCAUUGAGCCUGCCUCACCCAUCAACUUUGGAGCCAUGAUCAAGGGCACCAAGAAGAGCCAGACUGUGGUGCUGGAGAACAAAGGCAUGCUCCACUUCAAAUUCUGCAUCCGCCAACCACCCGAGGAUGCGUCUACAUCGGAAAGCAAAAGUUCAAAGGAAGGGGAAUCUGCUCCACUGGCUAUGAGGCUCUCAACAGCAAGGAAAUCAAGCUCCUUGACACAGAGUCACCUCAGUCUUGGCAUGUUCACGGUGUCCCCCUGCUCCGGCUCCAUCGGUCCGUGGGGCCAGCAGAAGAUCACAGUGGAAUGCUUCGCAGGGCAGGAGGGGAAAUGUGAGGAGCAGCUCUACAUUGACAUCCCGGGCAGAGACCCCAAGGAAAAUCCCCUCGGCGUUCCCUUCACCCUGAUUGCCGAGUCCUGCCUCCCAGGACUUGCUGAGGAUGUGAUGUUAAUCUUCGAGGAGUACCCGAUCUGCAGCAGCACCGACCUCGACCGCAAGCUGCAGUCAGUGAAAGGCACGGGCCUGUUCAUCAGAGAUGAGAACAGGUUCAUCUUCAACAAGAUUCUGGUUGGCCAACAGGCAGAAGCUCAUUUUAGUAUCUACAGUGCAAGCAGCCUGCCAUGUGAUGUGGUCCUCUCCAUCAAACCUCUGCCUGGAGAGGAACAAAUCCCUAUCAACAACAUUUUCAAGUUGGAUCCAGUCAAGAUGUCCAUUCCUGGCUCAUCCUCUGCUGUUGCUACAGUGACCUUCACCCCGCCGGAUGAGCAGAACUACAACUGCACUUUCAAGGCUUCCCUUGUCAUCCCAAAAAGCCCUGUGAAAAUUAAACCCCAAACCGUGACCUUCACCAUCAGUGGGAAGGCGCACGAGGCACAGCUGACAGUCGUGUGCCCCAGUGCUCGCAGCAAGAGGGGAACGGCCGUGCUGCGCUUCAAGAGGCUCCGGGUGGGGAGAUCCGAGAAGCUGCCCCUGGUCGUCCGGAACGAUGGCAUCAUACCUCUCAAGUUUAUGUUACGCCUGGAGCACGAGUACGGAGCGUUCUUCUUGAAGGGCAGGGCCUCCACACUCGAGGUAUUCCACACUGAAGAUGAGGACUCCGUCGGAAAUGAGAGCAAGCCCACAAAGCCUUUCUUCCUUCUGCAUCGCGGGGAAUCAACAGAGUUUGAUGUCAUUUUCAAACCCACCCUGGCUCAACGUCUGGAAGGGAAGAUUCGUCUGUUGGUGGGGGACACCUGCUCUAACAAGAUCCUAGUAGAGCUGGUGGGUGAAGGCCACAGGGACAGAUUCGCCUUCAGAGGACUAAAGGAAGACACAGAGGAAAGGGAUGCUAAGAGCAGUCUGAAUAAAGACAUCAUUGAUGCUAUCAGAGUGAACCACGUGGACUUUGGGCACUGUCCCGUCGGGAAGCGCUGCCGCAGGACCUUCGCCAUCGUCAACCGCACCCGGCACCGGUUCCUGCGCUUUGAGUGGGAGGCAGACGGCCCAUUCCACAUCUCCCCCAAGGUGGGACACCUCCGUCCUCGCCGUGCCAAGGAGAUCAAAGUGUCCUUCAAAUCAAAUGUCCCAGUCACCUACAGGAGGCACCUUGUGAAAUGUAAGGUGACCAAGAUCGAGUUUCAGCUGCCACCAAGGAAGGUUCCGGACUGGGAUGACCGAAAGUGCAUUGUCUCAUGGAAGACUACCCCCAGGAAAGACCCAGGAGACAAAUUCUAUAAAAUGGAGAAGGUGGUCGAGCCAGUCCCCGAAACGGAUCACACUGUGGUGGAGGACAGCACCCAGGAGGCCGAGGUGUGCCUCAGUGCUGCUGUUGCCUACACCCAGCUGAAGACGAACACCAUCGUGGUUCAGUUCAAGGAUACCUUGCCCUUCCAGACAAGGACAGCCACUUUCAGAAUUCACAACACAGGGAAGGUAGCCCUGGAAUACUACUGGGAGGAACUUGUAGCUAGUAAACCAGUGAAGAAGCCAUACUCAGUCGCUCUGAUGCGUCGGUUCCUCUCCAAUAAAGUUGUAAAGCAUCGCAGAAAGCUGCUGCGUCGUUACUGGCGGCGGCUGGCCCGUCCUCCUAAAGUGCGGCGGCGGCGGCGCCAGCUGCGGCGGCCUCUCAGGAACGAGGACUUUACCCAGUGGUGGUGCCAGCUGGUGCGCCUGGAUCCCGACCUAUUGCUGGGUCCUCUGGAUGAGGAGGAUUCCAAGCAGCAGCAGGAUCUGACCGAUGAAACACCGGCAGCACUGUUCUCCAUCGACCCCUACCGCGGCACCCUGGCUCCUGGCGAGAUGCAGACCUUCCAUCUGCGCUUCUCCCCGAAGGCUGUGGGGAAGUUUAAGACCAUCAUGGUGUGCAGGAUUCCUAAGCUGAGGCCAAGUCAGAAGAGGGUGCGGGUGAUUUUGAAAGGCAGGGCCCGGGACAAGAAGAAGAAGAGCUUUGGUAAACCCAAACGCCCGGCGUUACGGCAGAGGGAGGAGAGCCCGAGGCCCAAGAAGCAUGUGCACUGGAAACUGCCCCCUGAGUGA